AUGGAUAUCCAAAAAAUAAUCAGUGAUACAAUUAUGGAAACUCCUAAGGAUGAGAUUUUGAAAUAGUUUAAUGAAAGAAAUAUCUAAGUUGCUACAAUUAUAAAAGAGAAACUUUUGAAAUGGAAUAGUUCACAAUUAAUAAAUUUUGAAAUAAAUACUUUAGAAAUAUGUUUUGGAGUUUUCUUUUAACAAAUUAUAAAAUAAUCUUAGAAUCAAUAAAUCAGAAAUCAGUUUGGAAUAUUUAUGAAUUAAAAUUAAUAGCUAAAAGAUAUCAAUCAAUAGAAAUACAUUGAACUUUGUCGGAAAGUUUUUAAUAAAUCUUUGAUAAGCCUUUCUCCUCUAAACUUAGACUUUAAAACUAUAGAUGACUAGUUAUAAGAAAGUUUUAUUGGUGAAAUCUAUAUAUCUGGAAAAUAAUCUUAAUAUUAUCAAAGUGAUAAAUUUUCCAAAAAGGAACCCAUAAAAUAUUAUAUAUUUUUAUUUCAAAGUUUAUAGGUUAAUGGGACGAAACUACAUCUGAUAUUUUCAACUAAUAAAGAUCCUCAAUUCCCUUAAUAGUAGUUCUAAUAAUAAAAUUAAUUACCAUUUCAAUAAUAAUUUAAUUAAAAUAUAUAAGGGAAUAUUUUUCCUAAAAAAUUUUAGUAACCAUAGAAUCAAGGAUUGAAUCAAGGAUAGAAUCAAGGAUAAAAUCAAAUUUAAUUAGCAAGGCUUCUUUCAUUUCCUAUUUAAUAACCAAAUAAUAGUCAAUUUAAUAUAAGAAGUACUUAACUUAAUAAUAAUGAGUAAUAAAAUAAAAAUUAAAAUCAACCAACGUUUAAUAAUGUCAAUAAUUAACAAUUUCAAAAUAUCAAUUAAUAGUUCCAACCACUUAAUUAGAAUAAUAUUAUUAAUAAUAAUGAGUAAUAACAAAAAAAUUCAAAUCAACCAACGUUUAAUAAUUUCAAUAAUUAACAAUUUCAAAAUAUCAAUUAAUAAUUCCAACAACCUAAUUAGAAUAAUAUUAUUAAUAAUAAACAAAACAAUAAUAUUUUUAAGAAUAAUGCUUAGAAUUGUUAAAUAUAAAAUUAUCCUUAAAAUUAAUCUAUUAUUAUGAAUAAUAACAAUGGAAAUCAAUUUAAUUUUAAUAACAAUAAUAAUUAAUUUUAAUAAAAACCUAAUAAUAAUAUUGGUAAUAAUUAUUAAAAUAAUGAGAUUAAAAAUAAUGUGCCUACUAAUUUAUUCAAUAAUAAUCAUUAGUUUAAUAAUCCUUAACUUUAAUUUUAAAAUAAUGCUUAGAAUAAUAUAAUAUAACCGUCACCUAUAACUGUUUAACAACCAAAUUUUGCUGCUAAUCCUAUUUUGCCAUAAAUUUGUAAUGAACCUAAUAUAUUUUCUACUGUACAAAUGAAUACAAAAUAAGAAGAUGAAUAAUAAGAGAAAAAAGUAAAUGAUUUUAGUAGAUUACAAACAAAGAUUAAUACAAAGAUUGAAGAUAAUUCUACAGAAUGUGAUAUAUGCUAUGAAAAAUAUUAUUUAAAUCCUGAUGAAGUAAUUAUAACUCCAUGCUGCAAGAAAAAGGUUCACUUGUAAUGUACAUAAGAUAAUUUAAAUAAUAAAGCAAAGGAAAACAUGAAUUUUAAAAAAAUUGUUUGUCAUGUUUGUGAACAAUCCCUUAAAUAAUACUAAGAUUAUCUAAAAAGUAAUAUUUCUAUUGGAUUAUAUGUCAAAAUAAUAAAGUGUGAGAUUACAGCAAAUAUUCCCUCAAUAUGCUGUAAAUGUUCCUCACCAAUAUAAGCAAGUUUAGAAAGCAAAUAGGUAGAAAUAGAAUGUUUAAAAUGUAAUACAAAACUUUGUAGUCUUUGUUAUUAAGAAUAUCAUGGUGAAAUCUAAACAGUAUAAUUAAAAUUUAAAUUAGAAUUAAAAAUGUCCAAGUCUGUUAACAGAGAUUCAGAAGGCUAUUGCAGAUAUGCCAAUUCUUGUUUGUCCAUUUUGUAAUUUAAUGCAAACAAAAGAUGAUAAAUGUAAUCACGUGACUUGCUAUGGUUGCAAGAUAGAUCUUUGUUCAGCAUGUUCUGUUGAAAGAUUUCCAAUAUUGCAACAUGGCAAUCAUUACCACAGAGUGGGUUGUCCUGACUAUGCACCAUUGAUCAAUAAUGGAAAAGUAGUAACAGAACCAGAAUUUUUGAGAAGAAAAUGUAAAAGAUGUUUAGAGACUAAUUAACCAUGCCAAUAUCCAAUAAGUUUGGAAGAAUACAAAAAAGAAAAACAGUUUUGA